AAGAAAUCCGCGAGUUAUCGAAGUCGUUGUUUGCUUUAAACUCGCAAUUACCAAGUCGCAAAUUUUAGCUCUGUUCCACUGCCUUCUCUUCCCUCGACGAACAUUGCCCAAGUACCUCUGAGAAUCAAUUAUUAGGGCUUGAAUAAUGGAAGUUGCGAGUAAUCAAAUUAGAGUGCAGUCCUUGGUGCAAGAAGGUGAAACGGUAGUGCCGCCUCAAUACGUGCAGCCACCGGAGACGAGACCAGUGCAUGGAAAGAGAAACGAGCGUGAUACACCACCGCCACCUGUUAUUGACAUUAGCAGUGUCAACUCCAUCCAUGAACAAUUGGGACAAGCCUGCAGAGAGUGGGGAGCUUUCCAUGUUAUUAACCAUGGGGUUCCAGUGGAAUUGUUGGAUGAAAUGAGGAGAGUGGGCCGCUCAUUUUUCGAGGACUGCACUAUGGAUCAAAAGCUUAGUUAUGCCUGUGACCCCAAUUCCCCUGCCUCAGAGGGAUAUGGUAGCCGCAUGUUAGUUGCAUCGAAUGAUACGGUUUUGGAUUGGAGAGAUUAUUACGAUCAUCAUACUUUACCACUUUCCCGCCGAAAUCCAUCCAAGUGGCCCCACUUUUCCACCAAUUACAGAAAAGUUUUAGCAGAAUAUAGCAAUCAAAUGAGUGGCCUUGCUGAAAAAUUACUGGGCUUGAUUUCCGAGAGCUUAGGACUGCCAUCUUCAUGCAUCAAAGAUACUGUUGGUGAAUUCUAUCAGAACAUCACUGUGAGUUAUUACCCACCUUGCCCGCAGCCUGAGCUCACUCUUGGUUUGCAAUCACAUUCUGACAUGGGUGCCAUUACUCUUCUGAUCCAAGAUGACGUUGGAGGGCUUGAGGUCUUGAAGGAUGGAGAAUGGAUCUUUGUUAAUCCAUUACAUGAUGCUAUCUUAGUGAUUUUGGCCGACCAAACUGAGAUCAUAACAAAUGGAAAGUAUACAAGUGCUCCACAUCGGGCUAUAACUAAUGCCAAGAGCUCACGGCUUUCUGUUGCCACAUUUCAUGAUCCUGCAAAGACAAAGACUAUAUGCCCAGCUUUUGAGCCACCUAAAUACCGUCCUGUGAUGUAUGGGGACUACGUCUCAUCGUGGUACACAAAAGGGCCAGAAGGAAAGCGG